AUGUCGAACAGUCGCAAGAUGUCGUUGUUCAACAGGUGGAAACAGCAAACCAACAACGAACAACUGGAAGGCGUCAGCGAGGAGGAAGCUAUCGAAUAUCGCGAGGCAUUCAGGUUAUUUGAUAAGGAUGGUAAUGGUUCGAUAUCAUCCAAAGAACUGGGUGUGGCAAUGCGAACACUGGGACAGAAUCCAACCGAACAGGAAUUACUGGAUAUGAUCAAUGAAGUGGAUUUCGACGGUAGUGGCAGUAUUGAAUUCCCCGAAUUUUGCCAGAUGAUGAAACGAAUGAAUAAGGCAAGUUUUCGCAGGAUGCAUGCAUUACCCUUUCGAGUUUUCGAAGUUAGAAUUAACUCAGAAAAAGUUCAAUUAGUGCUGCUCACAGCCAUCAACAUUGACCUCAGAGCAAUUCAAAUAGCAGCUCUUUACUACCAGUUAAUCAUUUCUUUCUCGGUUUAUUAG